AUGGCCUGGGAUGUCCUUUCCGACGAAGAAAAGAGGGAAAUCCUUGCCCUCUUCCCCGAUGGCCAGCACCUCUUGAAUCCCGGCACCAAGGAUGCCCGCCCGGAUAUGGACGCCCUUCGAAGCGACGAUACCUGGCGCCACGACAUUGCUCGCUACGUCGAGUACAUCCAAGAAGGCAAGUGUGACCCCCAGUGGUUAGCCGAGGCGUUUGAAGCCCGCGAGCACAGGAAGCGCGGGGAGUACGACGAUUAUCUGGCUCACAAGCUAGAGGAGGACUGGGGCGAGGUUGAGAGAGUAAAGACGGAAGCGCGGAUAGAGGAGGGUGGCGAGGAGAUGGAGAUGAAGAGGAAUGAGGGUGACGAUGAAUUGUGCAUCGUGGUGCGGGUUGAGCCAGUUGGCGGCGAUAUGGGCAUGGCCGGUGUUUGA